AUGACAACCGCGGUCCAGCCCAGUGAAUUGGUGUUUGAAUUUGCCAGCAACGGGAUGGACGAAAUCAAUCAGGUGAAUGUCACACUGCAGAAACAGCAUUUAGAGCUUUUGUUUGAUGUUUCUUAUUUGCUCAACUGGGCUUGUAGACAUUUUUUGCAGCCCCGGACCCGUGUUUGACUAUCAGUCUCCAUCCAGAUGUGCCGUAUUUGGUCAUGUUGAUAAAUGUUAAGACUUUUCAUAGCAGAGCAAACAAAUCUUGUACAAACAGCAUUGUGGGACUGGGGUAGGAUUAGGAGCCUGUGAUCUUUAACUCUGACAUGUUGGGCAUGGAGACAUGGAGGGGAGGCUGGAGUAAAGAGGGGAGGUCUGGGUAGAGAGGUGUGGGAGCGCAGAAAUGGAAAGAGUGAAAAACCUGGGUGCGUGGGAGGGGGAAGAGGGCGGUGUUUGGCUGUAAGACGGCACGGAGGUUUGUGUGUGAACUUGCACCUAUAUGUCUUUUCAUUACCCGGUCAGGUGUGGAGUUAUCUCAUCCCCACGGCUGUGUCUGAAUCCUGUGGAGCAGGCUUGAUCGUAAGUUAGGUUGUAUGUGUGUUUACGUGUACUGGUAUCUGUGUGUGUGUGUGUGUUUCUGGAGUGAGCAAAUUGUCACUGGAUCCCUGAAUAGCACCACUUCAGGCCUAACCUGACAGACCAGUUACAAGACUGCUUGUAAGGGAUGGGAUGAUUCCACUUAAAGCUCUUGUAUUGUUCCAGUGCUACAGUUUUGUUCCUUGCUGCACCCACUCAGCCUGUUAUGCAAGCUGCAUUGCCCCUAUUUACCAUGUCCUGGAAAUACCCCCAAAAGGAACAACAUAUGACCGCAGUGUCCAUUUUGUCUCUGCUGGCUGUAGCAAAGAUUUCUUUUGGCCACAAUAAAACCAUUGUAGCUGAGUGAGAUCAUAGAGUUAGUCUUUCUUUAAUGAUUAGCUAUGCUAUAUUGGUUUUUAAGUCAAUAAGUAGCUCCCUGAAACAAAUCAGGUAAUAAAUGCAGAGUGCUACUGUAGCUUUCUUUUUCUGUUUUUGAAAGUAAGAAUAAAUACUCUUUGCUUUCCAUAUCCUAUUUCACACAUGAUGGUAUCUCUCAUGUUGUGUGCUGCUAGAGUUAGAAAUGACACGAUAAUGAGGAUAUUGAAAGUGCACAGACAGUUGGACUCCAUUGUGGCUGAGCAGGUAAAGCAGAAGAGAGCAGCGCGGGGAGGGGACAGCUUGCACAGAUGCUGCUGCUUUCAAAGGCAGAAUGGGGAACUCAGAAAUGCAAAUGGGCCUGAUUCUUAUCGCUCCUGGUUCCCUACUAGAAACACUGUUCACGUCAACAAAGAGGAAGAAGCAGUUAAUAGCUUUAUGAUGCUUAGUAUUAUUUACCGGCCUGUGUUACAUGUCGGGAUUCAGCUCUCCAGAGAGUUUCACCUUCCCACAGCUUUAAACCAUCUCCCUCUUUCAUAGUUAUACCUAAAUCAUUUCACCACAUUUGGACAACAAAAGACAAGUUUGAAGGUGUUCCCAGCAAAAUCACAUCACCAAAACAACAGCAGAGAAAGCAGGCGUCUCAUGCUCUGUCAGCAAACUGUGGGACUCUCUGUGUCUGAUGGGAGGGGUAGCCAAAAUGCCUUUGUCUUCACACACAACUGACUCUCACUCAAGGACAGCAAACAUCACUUAAACCCAGACGAGGGGAUGUGGCAGCCUCACUGUCUAGCUAUCUGAUAGUAUGUCUACCAAGGAGUCAGAUUAAUGGAAAACAUUCAGUGCAUGUGAGGGAGACGCUGAUAGCGCCUGUAGUCUAAGCAAAAGUCAGGGUUUUUAUGAGCCCUGGGAGGCCUUGAGGUUGUGCUCCUGAGAUGACAUAAGCUGUUUGUGUUGCUCUUGUUGCGGACGUCUCAUGGAGCCUCAAAGACAACAACGAUGAAAACUAAUAAACAAUACAUGCCCCCGCUUAGGAGGCCUACCUGUUUUAAUACAGCGCACAAGUAAUAAGCGGGUCUGUUAGUUUCCUGGUUAAAGUGUAGCUGAAAUGGGAGUGUAUCCAUGCACUCUUUUGCCCCCUCUUCCCACCCCCACAGCUCAAAGCCCAGACACCUGGUACGCCCCAGAGGUCCAAAGCAACAAUGGGCACUUGUGCAAAGAGACAAAUCAGGCUUUAUUCAUGUUCCUCCUGCUGCACCUUUACUCUGUCUUGUUCCUCCUUCAAUCAGGUCAUCGCUGAUAGAUUGUGGUGUUAGCCUUUGCUCAGUGUUUAGGAAACAUGCUGAAAUGACUCCCAUCAAAAAAACUAAAGAUGUAUGCACAAUUUUUAUCCUUAACAUGGGUGAGCUUUUUGAUACAUCCCAAUCAGUUUUAAUGCAAAGCAGAACUGCACAUACCUCUGUUGUUGCAGCCUUUACAUUUGAAGAGAAUUGAACGCUGUGAUUAUAAAUAAGCCUGGAUCCAAAAAGGAGUUCUUCCAAUUUGGCUUGGACACAUAUUUGACCCACAUUUUACUCAUCUUUGACUCAAAGUCUGUUUUGAAAGCAGAACUACACUCUUCCUUUGAAGCAGUGCUGUCAAAAACACCUGAAAAAGGUCUGUAUCUGUCAGACUGUAGGUUUGUACUUAAUAUAAGUCAGUAAGUCUUUCUUUGAACAUUCAGAGCAGUGGCAUUCGCAGCUCGGUUGCGACAUGGUGACAGAAAUGACUCGCUCUGUUUUGAAGUGUACACUGCUGCCAUCUGCUGGCGAGUAAUGUCGCCUAGCAUCAAAGUACCUCAAGUGAACUUUUCAUUUGAAAUCAUUACUGAUUGUUGGAAAAAGUUUGCUUAAUCACAUCAGCUCCUCUUUCUCAAGCUGUUCAUUUUAAUUUCAAGUACAUUAGAACAGCAUACACCCCCUGAGGCUACUAGAACCAGAAAACCAUCAUAAUAAUAGCACCAUAUGACUGAUGUGUCCCCGUGCUCCUCCAGUUGACACAAACCAAGCUCCUGAUGAGUACUCUUGACUCCGUGUUCGAGGAGCUUUUCAGAUGAUCCUCAAUGGUUUGGCCCAAACACCAGUAAUUCCCUCUGCCCCGUAGUUUCUCCCUGCAUCCGUCUGCACCGUCCCUGACAGACUGGGAGGUUUGUAUUCCCAGGGUACGUUCAGGACAUGAUGAAGGGCUCGCUCGCCUGCAAUUCAUGAUUGAUCCAUUAACAUUCAUUUGGGUUUAUAACAUUUGUGAGCAUAAGAUUAACUUCUUAUGAAGUAGGCCAAAUCACACAGCUGGUUCCCAUCUUCUUCAGCAGGUCCCUGAGGACCUGCUGCAACACCACAGAAAUGAGCUCUCCUCCAUGCUUCGUGCCUCCAUAUUAGCUGGAACUGGGACUGAUUCUACAAUAUUUUACAAGGCAAUAAAAAUAAGAGAGCAAAUAAUUUUACAGCAUUAAUUCGAUGUCAUUUGGGGUUCAUAUUGGGUUUAUGAUGUGUAGUGGAGAAAUUAAUGGUUUUUAUUACAUACACACAUGAGCAUGUGGAAGGUCCAGUGGUCUUGUGCCUCUCUGCAGUAGCACAACUGAUAAAAAAAUCUCACAUAUUAAUCCACAUGUUUGUGUGCCCUCUCUCUGCCCGUUCAGCUGGACGACCCGUCAGUAUUCCCAGCAGUGAUAGUCGAGCAGGUUCCUGCUGCAGAUCUGCUGCAGGUCUACUCCGGCCUGGAGUCCGACGAGGUAACCAACGGCAUCAUGGUGGAUACCACUCUCCAUGUGGUGGAGGAAUCCUCCAUCUUGGUGGGAGGAGUAGACCUCUCAGGUAAAUAUACCUGACCCCAUACCUUCAGUUUAAAGGCCACUGUGUUCAGAAAGAUACACUUUUUUUUUUUUGUCAGUAAACAAAAACUUGAUCUUGCAGACCUGUACAUGUUAACUAUGUAGAAAUAAACCUGUCCCACAAUCAAUGUAAAUUCUUUUUUCCAUAUUUUUCCAAUAUUUUUCUAAAACCUUCACUUUUACCCAACAAACAAUCCAAGUUUUCCCUAAAAUACACACUCCAAGCUUGUGUUUAUUUGUGCUGACCUUAGUGAAAAAGGUAUAUUAAUACUCACCUGUAAACUCACUGAAGACGUAAAGACCUGAUAGAAAUACCAAACAUUCAGCCUUAACUGAUUGACUUUGAGUGACAAAUACCGAAUUAUAUAAUGCACUACAUAUAAACUUGGAUAAUUUCACAUGAGUGUAUUUGUCCUGUAAUGGACAGAAACAACAGUCUCUGGCCCGGAGGACAGUAUGGAGACAAACGAAGCUGCAGCAGCUCUUCUCAACAUGGAGUCUCCAAACAACAUUUUGGAUGAAAAGCGCAUGAGUAAGUCUUUUAAAAAACACCUCAAUUUCACAAAUAGCUUUUCAAACUUUUCCACUUUGAGCUGACGUUGUUCAUUUGGAGAAUAAGAUAGCGUCUUCAUGUUUGUUUGUGUGUCUCUUGUUUAUGUAUAGUUCAUGCCUACGGCACGCUGCUGGAGUCGGAACUUUCAUACGCCCCUCUGAGACCAGACCAGAUGGAUAAUGGCGCCCUUGACAUGUCUCUGGAUGAGGACACUUCAUCCAUGGAUGAGAUACCCCCAAAGUGUCCCCUUAAACCGCAGAAAAAGACCAAAGGUAACACUGUUGUCCUCCUCCUUGUUAAAGCCCAUGAAUUAUCUCUUGUGCUAAAUUUCAGUAUUGUGGGUAAUUGGAUGAUUUCACUGUGACCUCUCACCGUGUAACGCUCUACCCCUCAAUUUGAAUCAUAGUGCGGAAGCCGCGGGCGGUGCGUCCCUGCUCCCCUAUCACCACCCCUAACCUGCCACUGAGGAAGAAGAGUAAAGAGGGCAAAGGUCAGUCUCACUAACUAGUGUACUCCUCUGUAAUGAGCCAAUAAAAAUCAAGGUCUCUCCGCCUCUUGUGUACGCUCUGUUUCCUCCUGUGGAGUGUGCAAACAACACUCCUCAACCCCUGCAGUCCAGCGGGGCUGAGUCUGGGCGAGUUAAUGGAUGAGGGGAUCUCAGAGUGCUGUGUUUCAGAGGGAAACAGAAGUGAUUGCAGGCUGGAGGGCACAUUGAUGCUUCACCGAUAGAAACAGACCAGUGCUGCUCAAUGCGAACCCUUGUUGCACCAUACAGUGUGACACACAAUGAUGAGGGGGCUGGGCAUGCUGGGUUCAGCUGCACGCAUAUACAUCACCCUGUCAUGCUGUCUGGGAUUCAAGCGACUACUGGGAGAACUGCUGUUUUUAACCACUUCUGGUCAAAGCAAAUCACAGCGAGCGUAAUCUACUCACAGGCUUGGGAUGAUUAAAUCCUUUGCAUGUGGUGUAAGCACACGCACAACUGACAUAAAAUGGUGAUGAGAGAAGAGUAGAUCAUUUUUAAUCCCGUGGCUGCAGUACAAGACUCUCACGUAUGAACCCCCAGUUAUUAAAGCAGCUAUGGAUGUACUCAGCAGCUCUAAGGCCCUGCCAUAAAUGUCUGAAGUGCUUGAACAUUAAAAGCAUAACUUCAUGUAUUCCUCCCACCCAUUUACAGGCAACACAAUCUACCUGUGGGAGUUUCUCUUGGCUUUACUGCAGGACAAGAACACUUGUCCCAAAUACAUCAAAUGGACACAGAGGGAGAAAGGUAUCUUUAAGCUGGUGGACUCCAAAGCUGUGUCGAAGCUGUGGGGCAAACACAAGAACAAGCCCGACAUGAACUACGAGACCAUGGGCAGAGCUCUGAGGUGAGGACUGAUGCUGAAUUACUGUCCAGGUGUAACACUGAAUAUUGUUUAGAGACACCCCAUUAAGUUCUGUGUUGUAACCUGCACAGACAGAACAGCUUUUGUCAAGAUAAAACACAAUCACAUAGAUAUAAAUGCACCAGAUAUAACACAAAAAAUAGCUGGAGGUCUGUAAGAAGAAAUAUCAUACAUCUCUUACUGUGAAGGGGCUUUUGUUAAACUGUUCUGCUGGAUAUUUGGAUGACAUGUAACCAUGCCCACUGAGCAAUAGACGGCUAUUAGAUGUCUAGCCUUUUUUUUAAAACCUAAUUUCAACCGUCUAGAUUCUGUAUAUUUUUAGACAGAAUUCAGACGUUGCACUUUAACCCAUUAUUUGAUUACUACUUAUUUCAAAAAGCGACUGUGAGUUGCAUAACUGAUCUUCAAGUAACUAACAAAAAUAAUUAUGAUAGCUGUUGAGCAAUAUACAGAGUAGACCUCUGUUAGCCAGCUAGUCUAAACUUAGUCUAAAUUUAGACGUCUAAAAACACUUUUAUUUUUAGACCUAUGGUAGCCUGAUUUUAGACCAGUUGUCUGGGCUACAUGUAGUCAUUUAAUAGACCUCUUUUAGACCCAAAAAUACUCAGUGGGUGUUUACAUUAAGCUCGCAUCUGUAUCUGAUCCCUCUACCUCGAUGAAGUGAGCAUCGUUGAGUUGUUGAUGUUUGUGACAAUUUUCCUGAACUUUUUCUUCUCAAAGAUGGUUGGAGCCCAGUAGUCUCUGAGGUCGCUCUCAUAUCUCUGCCCUGUUACUGUCAUUAUUUUCAUAUUCUCCAGAAAUGACCUGAAAUCUGAACUAACAGUAUUAACUAAGAAUGCGAACGGAAACUCAUGUUGUCAAAAGUGAACCAAUCCAGACUUCUCUCUGUAAAUUAACUUAAUAUGAUGUUUCUACUUUUUCCUUUAGAUACUACUAUCAGAGAGGCAUACUGGCAAAAGUGGAAGGACAGCGGUUGGUGUAUCAGUUUAAAGAGAUGCCAGCUGAUCUGGUUGUGAUCGAGGACGAGGACGCGGCCUCUGAUGCCAGCGUUGGCUAUGGAAAUCAAAGAUCCACCAAUGGGCGCUCUUUUGUCCGAGGAGGCUCCAAAGGCCACGGGAGGGCUCACAGUCAACACCAAAUGUCAGAGAAACAGAUGAAGAAGGAGCCUAAUGAUGAAUUUCUGUACCAGGAUGUCCACAGCGGGCACACUGAGCACCUCCUGCAGUCUAUGCACAUGUUGCAGGCCAGCCAGGAGAUGGGGGUUCAAGAUCCAGCACACGCUUUAAGGUAUGAAGAGGAAAAAAACAAUGUAGGAAUCAUAAACAGUGACCAGGAUGCUUUUAGCUUUAUGGAGUAUGUUAUUUAUUUGAAUACAGCACAGCAGGAGCGAGAAAACAUUCAUUUCUGAUCAGAGUUUUCAUGAUCUUUCCAACGAGAGCCGCACUGAUGAACCAGUAGGGGUGAUAUUAGCUUUUCCUGAAUAUAUUGGUAUUGGUGCAUAUCUUAGAAGAUAAAUAACACAAAGUUGAAGCAUAGAAACUCAAGGAUGUCUUUGGAGUCAUUUGGUACCAGUGCCCCUAUCCAUCUAAAGGAGUAUUGACUUUGUGCUUACUCGCUUUCUUGCAGAGAGGGAGAUGAGAAGAUUGGUUCAAUCUUGUGUUUAACCCGAGUCGCCUUCCUCUGCAUGUUUGUGUGCUGUGCUGAAAAAGAUUUGACUGAAUUGACUCUUUGCUAAAAGAAAAAUCACCUCAGCCAAUAAAUUGCAGCUAUUUUUGUGUGAUGGUCAAAUAUCAAUAUCAGCAGGGAAGUCAAAAAUUCACAGUUACAGGCUCCGUGCCACAGCCGCGGGACGCUUGGACAACAAAUCAUUUUUUUCCUGAUGAUUUUUUUCUUUUGUGAAAUGUGAAGCUCAUUUAUUUGGCCGUCUUGAAAUACGUGAAACACCUGAAGCUCAUAACAUCACUUGAACACAGAGCCUGUACACACAAAAAUGUCCUUGAGAUUCACACAACAGGACUGACUCAACCUUUUGUUGACAGCUGCUGGUUCUUUAGGGAGUUCAACUCCAUCUUGAAAAUCUUUUCAGAGUCAGCUCUCAGAUUUCUCAGGUAAACUAUUUAAAUUUAAGCUUCAGUAAAAAGGUGUGGACACAGUCACAGGAAAAGCACUUUGAUAAAAAUGCUGUUGAAUCCAGCCGUCCUGAGGUAAAUUGGGUGGUUUGUGAAGAUCAUAAUGAUGCAUUUUAGUCGAUGUCAGGAAGGUGAAAUCUUAAAGCGCUAUUUAUUCUGUAUUACACUGAGCAGGUUAUUGUGUCAUCUGCCUGUAACGUGAAUGUGUUCUCACUCACAUUGUGUUCCUCUAAGCUGUUAAAGUCCUCAUCUUCAUGAAAAAUGUUCCUGCAGUACAGCUGACAAUGCUGUUUGUUAUAUUAAUACAGACAUUAGUUCUGCUGUUUGGGAUCAGAGCUGUGCGCUGGGUAACUUUCUCAACAGGGUUCCAUUAAAAAGUAAUCUUUGUCUAUAUUUGCUGAGACACAAAGUGAAUAUUCAACAAUGCCUGUGUCAGAGAAGAGGAAGAAAACAGCGGCUCUUGUUCAGUUUGUAUUGUCUUUGUUUUUUUAGAUCCAUCUCCACUUCUGCAUCUGUUCCAAUGGUCCUGACCUCCUCCAGCUCUCUGCAGUCCGUUCCCCUCAACACCCUCCUCGCCAACGGGGACUCCAACCACUCCUCCCCUCCUCGUGUUAUCCUCCACACCGUGCCCUCCACCGCAGCAGGCGGCAAAGACGUGCUCACCAUCCAGACGGCCUCUCUCGCCGGCGGAGUCAACAGCCUGCAGGACGGCCUGCCGCAGCAGCUCCUGGUCACCAGCCUGGGCUCCACAACCUCCACCACCUCCUCUACCCCCUGCACUCCCCCUCCAGGAGUCAUUAGCUCCACCGCUUCCAACCUCCCCCGCCUCGUCACCAUCAACACAACCUGCGGGCAGACAAUGGUGGCACAGCAGCCCGGCACUGUAAUCGCCACAGUGCUCAAAUCAGGCGACAUCUCAGGGCUGCAGGUCAAAGAGGAGCUACUUGACCCUGCCUACUUUCAGACCAUAGUGAACGGCGAUCCAUCACUGGCGGUGCACACGUUUGAGAGAGAAGAGAUGGAGGUAGGGGAGGCAGAGCUGCAGUACAGGACUGUGAUCAUUGAUACCAGUCAAAACCACGGCCAGGAGGCUGCAUGUGAAACGAUAAUGAAUGGACAUUCCUCCCAGAGCAGCAGCCCGAGUGAAGGUCUAACCCCGGUGGAGGAGCUGGAGGUGCGUGGGGAGAUGUCUCUACAGCCAGAGCAGGGAAUCAAAGGCCUGCAGGAGCUGCCACUGUCGGCCCAAUUGCCUGUAAACUUUAUCCAGAUAAAGACAGAGCCUGCUGAGGCUUAG